AGGUCACGCGGUGGCCGGGGCGCGGCUUGCGCUGGCCACAGGUGGUUCUUCUCGCGCGCGGCGGAGCGGCGUCGGCACUGGAGAGAUGCUGGGCCAGAGUCACCUCCCCUCGGUCCUGCUGGCUGCGGCCGUCACCUGUGCAGUGGCGCAAAACGCGCCGCCGUGGACGGAAGACUGUAGAAAAUCAACCUAUCCUCCUUCUGGACCAACCUACAGAGGCUCCGUUCCGUGGUACACCAUCAAUCUCGAUCUACCGCCCUACAAAAGAUGGCACGAACUGAUGGUUGACAAGGCACCAGAGCUAAAGGUGAUAGUGAAUUCUCUGAAGAAUGUAGUAAAUGCAUUUGUGCCGAGUGGAAAAAUUAUGCAGAUGGUGGAUCAAAAGUUGCCUGGUCUACUUGGCAACUUUCCUGGCCCUUUUGAAGAGGAAAUGAAGGGAAUUGCGGCUGUUACUGAUACACCUUUAGGAGAGAUUAUUUCAUUCAAUAUUUUUUAUGAACUUUUUACCAUGUGUACUUCGAUAAUAACAGAAGAUAAAGAAGGUCAUCUGCUUCAUGGGAGAAACAUGGAUUUUGGAGUAUUUCUCGGGUGGAACACAAAUAAUAAUACCUGGGUCGUAACUGAGGAGCUAAAACCUUUGACAGUGAAUUUGGACUUCCAAAGAAACAAUAAGACCGUCUUCAAGGCGACAAGCUUUGCUGGCUAUGUGGGCAUGUUAACAGGAUUCAAACCAGGACUAUUUAGUCUUACACUAAAUGAACGCUUCAACAUAAACGGCGGUUAUCUGGGCAUCCUGGAGUGGAUUUUGGGAAAGAAAGAUGCCACGUGGAUAGGGUUUAUCACUAGAUCAGUUCUGGAAAACAGUACAAGUUACGAAGAAGCAAAGAACAUAUUGACCAAAACCAAGAUACUGGCCCCAGCAUACUUUAUCCUGGGAGGCAACCAGUCUGGGGAGGGUUGUGUGAUUACACGAAACAGAAAAGAAUCCCUGGAUACAUAUGAACUUGAUGCUAAGCACGGUCGGUGGUAUGUGGCACAAACUAACUAUGACCGUUGGAAAAGUCCCUUCUUCCUUGACGAUCGCCGGACGCCUACAAAGAAGUGUCUGAACCGCAUAACUCAAGAGAAUAUCUCCUUUGCAACCCUAUAUGAUGUUCUGUCAACAAAACCUGUUCUCAAUAAGCUGACUGCAUUCACAACCUUGAUGGAUGUUACCAGAGGGCAGUAUGAAACUUACCUGAGAGACUGCCCAGACCCUUGCAUAGGCUGGUGAGCACACAUCUGGCCUGCAGGACACGCCCUCGGAGACCUCACAUGUGGCUGGCUCGUGCUGCCGUCUGAUCUGUCAAAGACUAAGCCCCAGGACAGGUUCUCACUGUCACAAGCUUGUCUUUCUCUCCAUGUUUGCAAUAUGCAGACUAUUUUUGGCGUAACAAUUGAUUUUCCUUACUUACAGAUAAUAUCUUACAGAUUGAUUUUCCUUACUUACAGAUAAUAUCUUUAAGUGAAAAAGAACAAUCAUCUAUAAUUUGAUGAAUUUCGUUCCACUUUGACAUUUGGGGACGGAAUAAACCAUUGUGGGAUUCACCUCCAUGUAACCGAGAUUCUGUGUGGAUGUUUAAUCUGUAUUAGCGUAAAAGUAAAUAGUCCAUACUAUUCAGGUUUUCAUUUUUACCUACGUAUCUGUGUGUUUCCCAUAUGGCCAUCUUUUCCUUCUGGCCCUGACUACUGUUAACAUCAGUCUACCAUUGUUAUCUUUGCUGUUAGUGGCAAUGUAAUUUCACUACAUGCAACUGUAGUGCAACUAACUGUAGAGGGGGGAUGAGACAGACAUUCCAUUUAUAUUUCUUUUAAUGGGCAAUAAAUGGGCCUUUGACUCUAUAAAUAGUACUUUGGGGGGGUUCAUGAAGUGAUCAGUAAGCAAGGCAGGCUUUUAUACAAAGAAAUGAAGUGUUCCUUUGUUCAUAAUUUCUCUACCUCCCAGUAACCACAGGAAGUUGCUAACUUUAAAAACUGAGUCUCUGUAAAUUAGUAAAAUACAUGUCAAAGACUGUGGAAAAUAAGAGGUGAGCUCAUUUAUUCGAAGUUGUCUUAAGUAUCAUUUAAUAAAUAAGUUUUUAGUUUAUACUUUUGAUCAACUUUUUUUUAAACUUUCAGAGUAGUUAUUAACGUUUUGCACAAAUCAAAUCUAUUUAUGAAAAGUGCUAACAGAACUUGUGUUAACCUUUCUAACUUUCAUAAUUAACUGUGAAAUGUAUGGCCUUUGUCCAAGACUGUGUCCACUUUAUUUUGUAUGAUGGGUUGUAAUGUAGGUGUGAUCAUGACACUCAAUAAACAGUUGGUGGAAA